AUGAACCCUCUUCGCUCCACCCUACUCAAAUCUACUCGUGUUAAUCCUCGUGCAUUAGUCGCUUCGGGAUCUAUUCUCGGUGCUACCAGUCGCAUUGGAGGUAUUCGUGCUGCUGGCAUGCGUGGUUACUCUACUGAAGCACCCAAGAAGGGUGGCUCUGGUGGCCUCGUCUUUUUGACAUUGGCCGCACUUGGCGCUGGUGCUGGUUACUAUUACAACUCGACCCAAACCAUCAAGACCAAGACACUUUCUACUCCCACUACUGGCAAGACUGAAAAGAAAAAGAACAUUGACUACCAACAAGUGUAUAAUGACAUUGCCGAGAUGCUCGAUGAAAACUCAGACUAUGAUGAUGGAUCUUAUGGUCCUGUUUUGGUUCGUCUUGCAUGGCACGCUUCUGGCACUUAUGAUAAGGACACCAAGACUGGUGGUAGCAACGGUGCUACUAUGCGUUUCGCUCCUGAAUCCAAGCACGCCGCCAACAAUGGUUUAGCCAUCGCUCGUGAUUUGAUGGAAAAGAUUCAUGCCAAAUAUCCCGAAAUUAGCUAUGGUGAUCUCUGGACUUUGGCUGGUGUCUGUGCUGUUCAAGAAUUGGGCGGUCCUACCAUCCCAUGGAGAGCUGGCCGUGAAGAUGCCUUUGAGACUAGCUGUACUCCUGAUGGCCGUCUUCCUGAUGCUGGUAAAAAAGCAGACCAUAUUCGCGACGUUUUCUACAGAAUGGGCUUCAACGAUCAAGAAAUCGUUGCUUUAGCUGGUGCUCAUGCCUUGGGCCGUUGUCACCCUGAACGCAGUGGAUUCGAAGGUCCAUGGCAAGAAGCUCCUACUGUCUUCUCCAACGAAUAUUUCAAGGCCAUCUCUACUCGUAAAUGGGUCAAGAAGGACUUGAAGAACGGCGGUUGGCAAUGGGUCGAUAAGAACAACACAGAUGUCAUGAUGUUACCUGCUGAAAUUGCCAUGUACAAUGACAAGGAAUUCAAGAAAUACUUUGACUUGUAUGCCAAGGAUGAAGACAAGUUCUUCAAGGAUUUUGCUGCCGUAUUCCAAAAGCUUCUUGAAUUGGGCGUUCCUUUCAAGGGCGACGAAAAGGUAUAUCACUUUAAGCGUACCACCGAGUAA